AAUUGGUCGAUGACGAAUUAAAUUAUAAUGUUAUCCGUGCCAUUAAUAAUAUAGAUACAGAGCUCUACUUACAACUUCUCCAAGGCUUAAAAUUGGAAAAUGAAUUUAUUCAAACAUUGUAUACAAUUCCACGGCAGAUGGAACGUUGGGAUCCGCAAUUCUGUUUGAGAAUUGCAUAUGAUCCUGCUUUAUAUAUAUCAAAUAGCCUUGAUAUUAAGCAUCGAAAAGAAUUGCUGGCGGUCUUGGCUCGUUUGGUUAUAUCUAAUGCAACUUCAAUUACAGGAUCUAUUUGUUGGCUUCGUCAAACCCCAAAAUCACCUUCACUGUUCAUCAUUGUGCUUAAAGACAUAUUGAAUCAAAUUGACGAUGGAUCCGUUGUUUUGACCCAGCUUACAUUAACAGAAAUUGGAGAGUGGGGUAAUAACGACAUCUUAAUUGAUAUUCCCGAAUACAUUGCUUGUUGUGUAUUGCCAUAUUUGCAGAGUUCAUCUACAUCUCUUGGCAAAAAAACCACAUUAUAUUUGGCGCUUUAUACCCUUAAUUCAUUGCUGCUUCCCAGUGUAUCUACUUUUCCUCGAUUCGACUUAUGUUGGCUUAUGAAAUCUGAGCCAUUUUCACUCUUACACAGUCUUGCUCUAUUGUUUGAUCAACGUGAAGCAAUUUUGAUUAGUAUGAAAACCGUGGAUAUCCUUUAUGCCUUACUAAAAGAGUUUAUGAGACUAUUAACCGAAUAUGUCAUAUCAAUUCAAGACGAUUAUAAUAAAGAUGGCAAGUUACUUUUAUCGAAUGCGCCAAACAUAGAAAAAUCAAUCAAGCAGAAAAGAGAAGAUACAACAUUAUUUUCUGAAGAAAAUGAUGAUUAUACUAAUUCUGGAUCGAUUAACGAUAUUCAUAUAACUCAAAAUAUCAUAAAUGUUCUAAAGGAUGAGAAGGAAUCUAUUAACAUUAUCAAAACCGGCAAAAAGCAACGUAAAAAAAAGCAUGACGACAUUCCAAAUACAGAAAAUAUAAUAGAAUCAAUGCCUGAAGAAUCUACCCUUGUUGGAAUUGAAAAUGACAAGUUUUCAGUAUGGCGAGAAAGAUUAUUCCUAAGUGGAAUUGAUAAAAUUAAAAAGCAAAGUUGGAGAAAUGCUGUGAAGCAAGUGUUAAAACCUUACAUAUAA